AUGCACAAACGUGUAAGAGGAAAUCCCACGCAAAUCGAAACAGUAUGGAAGCGAAGGAUCAAGAUUGAGAACAAUCAAAUGCUUCUCAUUUGUAAUUAUCUUACGAAUAACAAGUACGGAGAGAAUCAAAGCUCUAAAAUUUCAAAACGAAGAACACAAAAGAAGAAAAUUUCUCGUGUGGAUGAUGAUGAAACCGAUAGUGGAAGCACAACAGGAAAGAACGUUAGUGAUUUGUACGAAAAUACAAAAUUUGCCGAGUAUAUGAAUCAUUUUACUUCUCAAUGGGAGGUUUCACCCGAAGAAUUACAAACGCUACAAGAGCAGGUCGAACAAGAACGGAAAUUAUUGAAACGAAAGAAUUACUUGCUGGAGAAUCAGGCCAUACAUGAACUUGAGAAGGAAAAGGAACAUCAACAACUCUCUCAAACCAUUCAAUCCUCUCUAAAGAUGAUUGGUCUUCUUUCCAAACUAUUGCCAUCGGAAGCCGUUAAAUCUUCUUCAACCAUCAUGCCUCCAUCAUCAUCGGCCGUAUCAAAUCCAACAACAACAUCAUCGUCCACGAUGGCCUCUCCACUUUCAUUGUCCUCAUCAACAACAACAACAACCCACGAGCAAAAGCCUUCCUCUGGUGUUGUUGCUGGCACAUCAUCGACCGAAGUAGCAGCCACUCUUGCUCCUUCCAAUGUUAAACCUCACCCCGUUGCCGCAAACACAACCAACAGCACCACUGCAGCCACACAGCCAUCCACUUCUGCUCUCCAUUCUUCUUCAAAUUAUCAUCAACAUUCCAUCAUGUCUCAUGGAGAUCAUCACUUGUUAAUGCCCAGCACAAAUUCACUUCCUCCUUUUCCUGCCAUGCCUUCAGGUUCUGUCAUGUCAUCAUCAGGAGCUAGUGGUUCGGGUCACAUGACGAAUCCCAACACAAAUCUUACUCCAAAUCUGUCGGAACAACCUUCAUCAACACCCUACUAUCCUACACCACCUAGUUUACCUCCUUCUUCUGCUAUGAUGACUCCUCCAAUGCAACAUCGACCUCCCUAUCCGAGUAAUCCACCACCACCACAUCAUAACCCUCCGAUGAGGUUCCCUCCUCCACAGCAACACCUGUACCCACCCCCACCUCAUCAUUAUCAUCCACAUCCUCCUGUAUUUCCUCCACCUCCUUUCUAUAUGCCUGGCAAUGCACCAAACACACAACAACGAAGAAAGAGGUAG